UAGAAAGGUUCAGAGCUUCUAAAGCUCCUUUAAUGGAGAACCCAUUAUUCGGAUUCGGAACCCGCAAAAGGGUUCGUGCAUUACCUCGAGCUCCUGAUGGUAGCGCCUUUCAAAAAUGCCAGAGUUGUGAAGUUUUGGUUCCGAUUGCAUUGGCUGGUAUGCACGAGUGUAAAACGAAGAAGAAAGUUAAGAGAUUCAGAGGCGUUUGUGAGAAACCAACUGUUUUGAAACAGGGCCCUGGAGAUCACCAAGUUCCGAUUACAUUAUCUGAUACGGACGAGGGUGAAACGAAGAAGGAAGUUAAGAGUUUCAGAGACGUUUGUGAGAAACCAACUGUUUUGAAACAGGGCUCUGGUGAUCACCAAGUUCCGAUUACAUUGGCUGAUGCGGACGAGUGUGAAACGAAGAAGGAAGUUAAGAGAUUCACAGGCGUUUGUGAGCAGCCAACUGUUUUGAAACAGGGCUCUGUCGAUCACGAAGUUCGAUCGCCUUUUCGGUUCUUCAUGGAAAGCUUUGUCAAGAUGUGCAAGGAGGAGAAAUUGAUUGAUAUUGAUCGAAAAGGGUUUGAGGCUUGGAAGAAUAUGUCAAUGGAGGAGAAGCUACCGUAUCUUGAUCAAGCUGAAAAGGUGGAUGCAGCUCAUUCGAGGGCUAUGGCUGAAGAGGUUACCAAUAUGCUAGUGGUAAUUGGACUAUCUGGGUUUUGGUGCUGUGAAUUACGAAUUAAUAACAUCAUUGAGGUGGCUGAUGAAGCAGAGUCUGCAAGGGUUGGAUGUUUGAUAAGAUCUACGAGGGCUAAGCCUACGAGAACUCUGAUGGCUUACUAUUUGAAGGCUUAAACACCUAUGAGUGGGAAAUGGUUCAAUCAUGGAUUGUUGAGAGCUCUGAAUGAGGUUAAUGGGUUGAAGUUGAUUGAUUUGGCAAUGGUAAAGGCAAGUCUUUUGUUGGCUAUUGUAUAGUAGUGGUAGGAAUUUAGGAUCCAUUUCAGCGAAUACAUAUUUAUUGUAAUUUGGAGGAUCUGUUUUGUCCAUGUUUUGUUUUGUUCCUCCACAUAGAUUAGAUUAGUGUAUCCUGUAUAAUUCGCUGAUAAUCAUAUUCAUAUAUACUUAUGUUCUUGAUUGUUAUAUAAUUAGU